UUUUUGUAUUUCAGAAAUGUUUCCAUCGGAGCAAGAAGCCAGGAAUAUUCCACGCAUGUUUAACAAGCCCCCUGGUUCACACUUUCAGUUGCCACCUCCAAAUAUGUUUGCUAUCCCUUCUCUUGGCACAUCUGAGCCUGGUAACAAAAUCUGUUGCCCUCAGUGUCCAGAGGAGUUUUAUACUCUGGCUUCUUACAAGUGGCAUUUGUCGCGCUCCCAUAUGCAGUUCAGCUGCACCAUAUGUGGUAAAACUUUUCGGAGCAGGGGUGGUCUUGGUUUUCAUAUGGAAGCCCAUAGAGGAAGGAAUUUUGUGUGCCCUGUUUGUGAUUUUAGAUUCAAGCAUAAACAUCACCUGAAAGAUCAUGUGACUAAUGUUCACAAAAUGUUACUGUGUCCAGUGUGUCUUUUGACAUUUGACCUGUCUGAUAAUGAGAGGUUCAAAUAUCAUCUCGAAACGUGCAGAAAAUAAUGGCAUCUCUUGAUUCCUGAAAUGUAGCAAGUUGAACUGCUAAAAUCUGAACCAUUUAAAUUUAGUUUUAUCAUUAUUUACUUUUACCAGGUUUCUCUUGUUUUUAUUAUACAUUUUUACUUUGUGCUGAUAGUGAUUAAAAUUAUGAACAUGUUAUUUACUGAAAACAUUGUACAUUUGUUGUAUGCCAGUAUUUAAAAAUUUCCGAUACUUUUUUUGUAAACUAACCCAAGAAAGCUGUUGUAAAAUAACUGACAUUGACAAUCAUCUGGCGUUAAUUUGACACCAGUGCUAGGUUUGUUAAAUUUUAAAACAAAACUCAACUUCCACAUUGGAUAGUUAUAAAACUUUAUCCCAUUAUUUACAAGACUGAUGUUUUUGUUGUGUGUGUAUAUUGUUGCAGGAAGGAG